AUGUCUAAAGACAUUCCGCGUGAACCCGAGCAGCUUCGCAAACUGUUUAUCGGGGGAUUGAGCUUUGAAACCACAGAUGAUAGUUUGCGGGCCCAUUUCGAACAAUGGGGGAGUCUCACUGACUGUGUGGUCAUGAGAGACACAAACAACAGGAGAUCCAGGGGUUUUGGCUUUGUCACCUACUCAUCGGUACAGGAGGUUGAUGCUGCCAUGGCUGCACGUCCGCAUAAGGUGGAUGGAAGAGUGGUUGAACCCAAACGUGCCGUCUCCAGAGAGGAUUCCAACCGACCAGGCGCUCAUGUAACGGUGAAGAAAAUAUUUGUCGGCGGUAUUAAAGAAGACACUGAGGAAUCGCAUAUGCGUGACUACUUCCAACAAUUUGGCAAGAUUGAGGCCAUUGAAAUUAUGAAUGACCGCAAUACAGGGAGGAAGAGGGGCUUUGCUUUUGUAACUUUUGAUGAUCAUGAUGCAGUUGACAGAAUCGUCAUCCAGAAAUACCACACCGUUAAUGCCCACAACUGCGAAGUUAGAAAGGCUCUCCCGCGACAGGAUAUGCAAUCGUCAGGAAUGAGAGGAGGAUUUUCAGGUGGACGAAGUGGUGGUGGUGGCGGCGGUGGUGGCAGACCUUAUGAUUAUGACCGGGGCUUUAACCAGGGUAGCCGGGGUAGAUAUCAAGACAACCAUUAUAAUGGCAAUGGAAGAGAUGACUAUGGAGGUGGCCCCGGGGGAUAUAACAAUAGCGGAAACCGUGGUUAUAACCAGGGCUACAACCAGGGAGGUGGCGGUGGAAAUUAUGGUGGAAAUAGCUAUGACAGCAACGGUUACGGCAACUGUGGCGGAAGUGGUGGCAGUGGCAACUACAGCUUGGGUCACUAUGACUCCCAGUCCUCUAACUUUGGCCCAAUGAAGAGCAGCUUUGGUGGUGGUGGUGGUGGCGGCGGUGGUGGCAGGAACUAUGGAGGCUAUGGUGGAAGCUCGAACAGUGGCUACGGUCGUCAAGGGCGGUUUUGA